AAUAACAGCAAUGCCACAAUCCUUUUGGUCCAGAGCCUAUCGCGAUGGCGGGCAGUCGCGCACACUUAGACCUCUUCCUGCGUCUCUACUGGUAGCCCUCGCGUUUGUGACUCCGACGGUAUAUUUUUUUUUCCAACCAUCAGCAUCAUCAUCAACUUUCUUGUCUGGACAAUUACCUUCUUUCGGGCCCUCCUCAUUCCCUAAAUACGAGGGUUUAUCAUUGUCGCAGCCAGGCCUUCCUGUGCGCCAGGACAACUCAAGGAUUGCCGCAAUGCUCCGCGGCAACAGUGAGGUUUCCGGCCAAAAUGUCAGCGAUAUUCAAACUGUAUCACAUGGAAUGGAAAUGAAAUUUGCCAAAUCACUAGACGAACCUCGAACUCUGGUAAUAUAUGUAUACCACGAAUCGCAAGAAUGGUACCGGGAAAAUUUGCGGUUCUUCAUAAGAGUAGCGAUGCAAGAUAAUGACAACAACUCAACAGACUACCUUCUGGUUGUAAAUGGAAAUAGUGAUCUUCCUCUUCGUGGGUUAUUGGCCUCGACAUUGGCUCAAAGGGAGGGACGCGUGUGGGUGCUUCAACGAGCAAACACGUGCUACGACGGAGGCACCGUGGGAGAGGUGCUCCGGACUCACCCGCACCUGGCCGAAUCAUAUUUUUACUAUGUGCUGAUGAACAGCUCUGUCCGUGGGCCCUUCUUGCCGCGCU